UGAGCGCUGACCCCUCAAUGGCCCUAUUCGUUAUGAAACACGCCCCCUCCCCUCAGCGGCAGCGAGCGGGGCUCCGCGCAGAGGCGGCUCCCUCGGGCUGCGGGCCAGGCGAGCCCCAGCGGCCGCGCACCAAUGGGGCGACGGGGACCGAGGCGAGCCCUCGGCGGGGCGGCGGCUGCGGCUGGAGCUUCCCCCGAGUCAUGUGAGCGAGCGGAGCUGGAGCUGCCCGCAUGGAAGGGCGCAGCGGGCUGGUGGGCUAAUGCUGUCCCCACAGUAUCAGGACUACCAGCUGUACUGCUGCCCAGCUGAAUUGUUACACUGGCUUCCUACCCAGUCAGUUUAACAUCUUUCCGUGCAGAAGGGACACUAGCCAACAAAUGGUCUCUCUAAAUUGCAGUGAGUUGCUCCCUGCUUCAGACCCCCUGGCCCUCUCAGCUGGCGCCUCUUGGCUAGACAGCAACACUGAUGCUGGUAAGACAAAGAUGCUGUCUGCUGUUCUGCCGGGAGUCUGUGACGCAGGAGCGUCCGACCCUCCGGAUGGCUCCAGCCUUCUCCUUUGCCAUGGCAGCUACCCUUCGCAAGACGCCCGCCUCCUGGUGUCCAAGGUAAAGAAAGAAGGCGAGAAAUCCCAAGCCACCCUCUAUGAAGCUCAUCUGAAAUUGCCUGACUUCUGCACCGACCUCUCCAGAGAUUUCACCCCCACCCUUGAGGAGAUUGAGGAGUUCCUGAAGGAGAAGAUGGAGCUCCUCAAGGAUGAGCUGAGUGAGAAACAGCCCGUCAGAGGGAAGCUGGAGAUCAACCUGGGGAGCCCUGGGGAGCAGCCUACGCCCAGGGUGGCUCUGGAAGGGGGUGCAUUGAGCUCUGCCAAGGCCGCGGAGGCAGCCAGUGCUGCGGGCCUGACGGUGGGUGUUGGGAGCAUCCCUAUUAUCCUCCAGAUCCAGCCCGUCCAAGUGAACAGUGGGAGCCCCCCACCGCAAAGCGCUGUGGAUGGCAUCAGGGUGGCCCAGUUGCUGGUCAGCUUGCAGGGACAAAGCCUGACCUUUGUCCCUCAGGCCGCCCAGCCCCCCGUGACUCUCUUGGACCAAAAGUACGUCAAAAUAGCCCCCCUGCCCAUCGCUCUGAGGCCGGCGGCGCUGGGGAAUGUGAGGGGGGUCGAGGCUGCCCCCAAGUUCCAGAAGGUCUCCCCUUCUGUCAUCCGGGUCCACAAGUGCACGCACCCUGGCUGCAGCAAGAUGUACACGAAGAGCUCCCACCUCAAAGCACACUUCCGGCGUCACACUGGAGAGAAGCCCUACACCUGCACCUGGCCCAACUGCGGCUGGAGGUUUUCCCGGUCGGACGAGCUCUCUCGCCACAAGCGCUCCCACUCCGGCGUCAAGCCCUACCAGUGUCUGACCUGCGAAAAGAAGUUUGCCCGCAGUGACCACUUAUCCAAACACAUGAAGAUCCACAGGGGCCAGCGCAGCCGGACAGCUCAAGACAGCGGCAGCAGCUAACCCUUUCCUCCCUGCCUUGUGGAAUUGGGAUGCAAUCCAGCAGAGCUGGAUAGUGAACACAAAGGGGUGUUUUGUUUUGUUUUUUGUUCAGAGGGG